UACUACAGGGUAAACAUUGUGAAAAUCCAAUCCAAUCUGUAGCGAGUUAAACGAACACGUUGUUACACAACGAACAUUGAAUUCAGUAGUGAUAAAGAAUUGUCGUUAAUUUGUUAUAUACUAUAGUUUCACAGAAAUUAAGCUUAACUUCUUUUUGUUACGCAUCAACUAGCAUGUCGCGACGUAAUUAUGGAAGACAAUACUUCAAUCAACCCCAGCAAGCUCCUUACGGUAAUGGGGAUCUACCAGAUAUGACAUUUGCUAGUUAUACUCAGCCAUAUCUCUAUCAAGAUCACAGUUAUGAAUAUUAUGGUGUUCCCUACACUCCCAGUCCAAAUAUUCACACAGCAAAUUCCUACUGGUGUGGGGGAGGUUCAGGCUAUGAUUACAGUACUGUGGCUGCUGCACCAUCUGUUGUUACUUCAUCGUUUUCUUCAACCCAAAGUAGUUUUUCUCCAGAUGCCCCAGAAUUUGUUUCUCGACAAUGUCAACAGAUUACCACUGAAGUUGAAAAUGCCUCCCUACAACCCUCUACCAAGAAGAAGAAGAAGAAGAAAAAGAAGAAAACCCCAAGCAUUAAUGCAGAACCCUCAAAUUUGAUUUGCAGUGGUGAUGAAGAGAAAAGCAAAAGUGUAAUGUCCAAUGCAAAUGAAAAGAAGUCAUCCCUGCCAAAGAAAUUAAUUGGGUUUCAAGAACUACCAGAAGACAAGAAAAAUUUAGGAGUAAAGAGUUCUAGUAAAAAUCAGUCAUCAAAGGAUACCAAAGUUGAUUCAUUACAGGAAUAUCCACCAAGAGACAAAAAACAUUUGGAAUUAAAAACCCCGCAAAUAUUACCUAAGACUAAACCGUCAAAAGAAUCUAAAUCAGUCCGAUUUCAAGAAUCUGCCACAGAAGACAAAAGGUGUUUAGAAGUGAAAAAUCCACAAACAUCGACUACAGGCGAAUCAAACAAGGGAAUCGGUAGUUCAUGGCCCAAACCUUUUACAAACAUCACCAAGUCGCAAGAAUGUAUUAAAAGACCACCGAAAAUGAGCUUUGCUGAUAAAUUAAAAUCUCCUGUGCCUACCAAAAGUCCUUUCCUCGAUUGGAGAGAUCAGAGAACGAGUGCUGCCAAUGCGCCUAUCAAAUUCAAUACCAAUAUAACUGAAAGCGAAGAAAAGUUAAUUAAUCAACCUUCAAUUUCCGCCACUGCUGAUAAAGCUUUACCACCGCCAGCCACCGCGGAAGAUGGAUUUACCACGGUAUCGAGAAAGAAAACCAAAGAUAAGAAAAUCGAAAAAGUACCAGAAGAAAUAGCCAAAUCUUUACCCACUAAAGUCAGCGUACCAGCGGAAGAUGCAAAGAAGAAAUUAGAAAAGGAACGAAAAAAGUUACGAGAAAAACAAAAGAAGAAACAAGCUCGCGAAGAAAAAUUGCUUGCCGAGAAGCUAGCUCCUAAAGGCCAAAAAAUUACCAUAAUCACACCCAAAUUAAUGGAGCAGUUUUUGAAGUCUGGCCGUAAUGCAAACGCAUUCAGUAAACCUGUUAUGAAGCUGAGCGAUGAAAUGUUCCCUGCACUAGGAAAACGUGGAGGAAAAGGCAACGUCUCCGAGUCGGAAUCUGAAUGGGAGACGACCGAGAUUGAAGUGGUCCAAAAAGAACCUGCAGUGCCUCCGCGAAAUGUCAAGCGAUCUGAUCCCAUAGAAUUUGACUUGAUGGCUUUGAUCACAAAGAAAAAUACGAAAAAGAAAUCUAUUCAAGAUCCUACAAAGAAGGGCAAAAAUCGACCGGGAAUAGUCGCAAACGUGCUUGACAGAAGCGCACCUACGUUGAGUCGUGGUAAAAUUCGGAACAAAAAACGCAAGUUGAGCGAAAUUCGCAAGGCAUUGCUGGUAGCAAAAGCUAAGAAGAAAAUCGCCCGUGAAUCGCAAUUAUCCGCUAUUCCGUCCAGUGGAUCACGACCCCAUAUACUACACUCCAAAAAAUUUCGAGAGUAUUGCGAUCAGAUGUUGACGGAUCAAAUUGACCUUCUGGCAAGAGAUAUGCUUUAUCAUUUGCGAAUGUUUCAAGACCGGGUUUUCAAAAAGGAUCCCAUCAAAGCUCGAAUGAAGAAGCGUUUGGUAGCCGGAUUACGAGAAGUGACAAAACAAGUUGAAAGAAAUCGCGUCAAAAUCAUCUUUCUUGCCCCAGAUAUUCAACGUUGUCCGGAGACAGGUGGACUUGACGAAGCGGUGAAGCGACUACUGGACGCUGCCCGUAGACUCGACCUACCAAUUGUCUAUGCUAUGUCACGUCGCAAAUUAGGUCGUGUGCUCUUCAAGAAAGUGCCGGUAUCUUGUUGUGGAAUCCUGAAUUAUCAAGCUACUGAAGAGACCUGGAAACAGCUUACGGAAGCUGUUAGUCUUGCAAGGGAAAAUUAUCAACUAAAGCUUCAAGAGUUGGGUCUCGCUGUCGAUUUGGCGGGAAAAGAAACGAAAACUGAUGAUGAAAAUAUAAGAAAUGAUGUUGAUAUUGCAGCUUUCACUGUAGAGAAGAAAACGGACCAAACAGAUGCUCUUUUAGAACUGAUGAAGCUGAGUCUGAAAGACAAACAUUAAAAGUUGUUUGGUUUCUGUUGAGUGGUUAAGACUUCACCUUUCUACCAGUUUCUUCAUUUGUUUUGAUAAUAAAUAUAUGAUGCAAUUAAA